AAAACGGGUUUGGGCGACGAACUUCAUUAGUAUGGGCAACGAAAUAUGUUGUCGUUGCACAAAAAUGUUAAUAUGGGCUUCUAAUCCAAUUUCGUUGCCCAAAUCUAUAUUUUGGGCGACGAAAUACAAUCCCGUAGCCCAAUAUGACUUUUGUGCCACGAGUAUAUAUAUAUGGGCUACCAGUUUUUGUUUCGUUGCCCAAAUUUAAUAAAACGACAAAUUAAUUUAAUUCUACAGUCGCCUAAAACUUAAAAAUAAGGCGGAAAUUUUAAUUUUUAUUUUGUAAUUUCCCACGUUCACAAAUUAGUAUAGAGUUCUCUCGCGGUUUUUCCCAAACUAAUGAACUCUUAAUUCUAUUCAAAAAAAAAAAUGAACUACUCUUAAUUAAUCAGGUAUUCAACUCCCACCUCACCUCUAAUUCAAUAUUCUCCCUAAAACGAAACCCUCGUACUCUACCUCUAAUUGCAUAAUCUUCUCCUCAAAUCAGGUUUUUUCGGUGGCCGCUCCGAUCUAGUCUGGUUCUCUCCGACGCGGCACACAAUAUCUUACACUACACUCGCAUCUAAAGAGUAUCUAUUCAGGAAAAUGGCAAUUGAGCAAGUGCAGCGGGAUGCAUCACAGUUGCCUAAGACAAGGCAAGCGUCAAGUACAAGGCAACAUGUGCACAAUGUGCAACAACAGAAUACAAAGCAGCAACAACAACAAAAUGCAGAACAGCAACAAGAAACUGUCCAGCAACAAAAACAGCAGAUUGUGGGGCAGCAACAACAAACUGUCCAGCAGCAACAACAGCAGAAUGUGCAUCAGCAGCAACAACAGCAGAUUGUGGGGCAGCAACAACAACCGAAUCAGGAGCAGCAGCAUGAUGCAGAAGCAUCAACUAGUGAUCAGUCCAGAGAGCAAAGAUUGACAUACCGGGAGAAACGAAGGCUUGAACAAGCUGAACAUCGACUAAAGUUUCCUGAUCGUAAGAGGCGUGGGCCAACUAGGGGUAAGAAAUAUGUUACUAAGAUGUGGAAUCCUAAUUCUGAAGAAAAGAUUAAAAUAAAUUUCAUGGAUGAGCUUCGACGGGUGGUUGGUGAAAAGGCAGAUGAAUUCAUAUGUGAUUGUAGCAAUUGGGUGAAAGAAUUUUGUCCCCUCAAGUCAUUGAAUUGGACUAAAAUGGAUUCAGGUGCAAAAGAGAGGCUGUAUAAAAAGAUUCGAGCUAAAUAUGAUUUACCUGAUAAAGUUGCUGGUGCUGAUGUUACUGAUGCGUUGAGCUUUCAGUGCUCCAUGUUGUAUAAACAUUGGAGAUUUAGGCUUAAAGAGAAAUACUUUAGAAACAAGUCUAUUGCAGAUGCUAUAAAUAGCAGACCAGAUAAUAUUGAUGCUAACCAAUGGACAUGGCUAGUAUGUGAGUAUUGGAAUGAUGAAAAGCAAAAGGUAAAAUUCCAUUUGACUCUUUUUUUACCUGACCAUUAGUUGAAUUUAUAUUAUGAUAAUCUGAUAGUGCCUUGUUUUUUUAUGGCUUGUAGCGUAUUAGUAAAGUUAACAAGGAUAAUAAGCUUAAGCAAACUGAAACUCCUGCAAAUGGUGCAAGGUCUACCGCAAGAAUUUUCCAUGAAUUGAUGAAUGUGCAACAAACUCAAGGUAGUCAAGAACAUGAAGGAUCAUCAGAUAAUCCACUUGAAACUCAACAGGAUCCUCUGUACAUCACCUUAUUUGAGAAAACUAAAAAGCAUAAAGACAAGGGAUUUGAACCUAAUGCUGAAAAAGACUAUGAAGCGCUUAGAAACCUUCAUGAAAAAGAAGUGAAAGAGCAUGGUGAAGAUACACUAAGUGUCAAAGCAGCAUACAUGGAGGUU